UUUCCUCUUUUCUUUUCCAACGAAACCAUGUAUCAUUGGGAGAGUGAUGGAAAAGAGUGAGCAUGAGGAGAUGACUUUUUAACGCUCGGCCGUUCAUCUUGGUAACUGCACUCGAAUUUCUCCUCAAUCCAGGUAAAGGUAAAAAAGCGGACAAAUAUCAUUAGGCCUCACUUCCACCAAAAAGUCGCGGGUGGACGAAUGACCUGAAUUUGAACGAUGGCCUUCACAGCAAUAGCUUCUUCACUGCCAUCUUGUUCUUCUGUGUUCUCCUCCCAGGGGCCAUCAACUCCAUUACAGAAAUCCUCGUCUCUAUCGUGGGCAUCUUCUUUUCCGCAUGUUAACAUAUUCAGAGGCUCUCCUUUCGCCUCUUCCAAUCCCCCGUAUGCCAAGGUUUUAUUUAUACAAUCAGCUUGGACUAGAAGGUCUCGGGAGGAGGCUGCAAAGCGACCAAACAAGAAAUCAUGGAAACAAAGAACAGAUAUGUACAUGAGGCCAUUUUUACUAAAUGUUUUCUUUUCGAAGAAAUUUAUCCAUGCUAAGGUAAUGCAUAGAGGAACCAGCAAAGUGAUAUCAGUGGCAACAACAAAUGCAAAGGACCUUAGAAACAGUUUACCAUCACUUACAGAUCACAAUGCAUGUCGAGUAAUAGGGAAGCUUAUUGCAGAGAGAUCAAAGGAAGCAGAUGUAUAUGCAAUUUCGUAUGAGCCUAGAAAGGAUGAAAAAAUUGAAGGUAAACUUGGCAUUGUUAUUGAUACCAUUAAGGAGAACGGGAUCAUGUUUGUACCUUGAAUUUAAAUCAGAGGUAGAAUAGCAAGACGAGAAACAACUCAUCUAAAGCCUCUUGUUGGCAGUAGAUGAUUGUACUGUAAAAGCUGACUUCCUCCUGUUUAGCUUGUUUGAAAUAUCCGAAGCUGUUGCCCUUACUAAAAGCUCUUUUACUUGCUAUGCCAAAACACUACUUUAUUUAAUUAAUUUUAUGAUUCUAUUA